AGUACUUUUGGACUCAUCUAGAAACCUGAAGCAUCAACAGAUCUCAGAACUCAGAAGAGAGGAACCCAAGACAAGAUAAAAAGAAAAACCUAUUGUUUUUCAGAAUGUUUUUCAGCAUCUUUCUCAGUCUCUCCCUCAAUUUAUUGCUCUGUGAGGCUGCAAGCAUCAUAUUUUUGGACAACCAAGAUAAACCAUGCAGCAAAAACAGUGAUGACAGCCCCAAUCUUGAAAUAGCAAAACUUCAGGGCAGGAUUAAAUAUGCUGCCCGAAGCUGCAAAGAAAUUCAUGACAAGUAUCAGGCUUAUGAUGAUGGCCUGUACUACCUGAUCUCCUCAAAAGGAGUCCUUUACCAGACAUACUGUGACAUGACCACUGCAGGUGGUGGCUGGACGCUGGUGGCCAGUGUUCAUGAAAACAACAUGUACGGAAAGUGUACAGUUGGUGACCGCUGGUCUAGUGAGCAGGGCAGUGACCAAAACAGGCCUAAUGGUGAAGGGUCAUGGGCAAAUACAGUCACAUUUGGAAGUGUAGAGGCCUCCACAAGUGAUGAUUAUAAGAAUCCUGGAUACUUCGACAUUCCGGCUCAGGAUGUGUCUGUGUGGCACGUUCCUAAUAACAUUGAGUUGGAGCGUUGGCCUACUGCCUCCAUCCUGAGAUACCACACUGACAAUCGCUUCCUAACACUACAUGGAGGAAACCUUUUCAGUUUGUUCAAGAAAUUCCCUGUGAGGUAUGGAUUAGGGUCCUGCAACGUCGAUAAUGGUCCUGCUGUUCCAAUCGUGUAUGAUACUGGAAGUACAGAGUCUACCAAAUUGCUGUAUGGUCCCAAUUCAAGAACAAACUUUGACCCUGGAUUCAUCACAUUCAGAGUCUUCAAUACUGAAAAAGCAGCCUUGGCUCUUUGCUCAGGUGUUAAACCGACUGCUUGUAACUCUGAACAUUUCUGUGUUGGCGGAGGUGGAUUCUUUCCUGAGGCGUCCCCUAAACAGUGUGGGGACUUUGCAGGUUUUGACUGGGACGGUUAUGGCACUAAUGCAGGAUGGAGUGCAUCCAAAGAGAUAACUGAAGCAGCUGUACUUCUCUUUUAUCGCUGAAAAUUGAAAAAAGACCCCAUGAUAUCCUUCUCUCCAAGAUAUACCACAGUGAUUUACACUUGAAUGUUGCAUAAUCUUUUUUUUGCUACAUUUUUUUUCUUUUGCAUAUACUAUAUAUCCUCUAUAUGAUACCUGUAAUCAACAAAUAUGUAUGGUCAUGGUGUUUAGAAAAAAAAUCAACCUCCAAUAUUAACCAUUAUUAAGCUUUCACUCUAUGUUUUUGUUUCUUACUGCUGUUCAAAAGUGUAUACCAAUGGUUCAAAUAAAAUCCAAUGUUCCAAUAAAACAAGUGAGUUC